AAAACGCCAAGAAAACGCAAUUACAACGAGAAUCAUUUAAUUUUCUGGCGUCGUUUUUGACAUCGGAUCGACACGAUGAAACUAAACACAACACCAGCAUUUGCGUCCGAUAUUCAGUUUACCGAAUUAAAUCUAAUAGUUUAGGCGUGACUGUAGACAUCACCGAGGUCCUUCAACAAAUCAAAAUUAUCCUGACGCGACCACUUUUCCUCGAUAAUCACAGGUUUUAUUUUCUCAAUGAAGGCACCAACCUGACAGUAGCCUGUAUUACCAGAUGCUGCUGAUUUUACAGCUGUCCUGACGAAGACAUUUAGACUGUCGGGAGGCAGGGAAUACACCCAGAAUGAGUCAAAAUAAACAAAUUACAUGAUAUAGUGCAGCUCCAGACCAGUCAAGAAACCAGAGCUAACGGAAAAACCACGGGCAUCAUUUCCGGGUUCGUGACAUCGGGAUACUGGAGCGGGACGUCGGUGUGAGGGGAGCGGGGAGCGGAGCGGUGUCUCUUACCAUACCGGGGCUGGUGGACGACAGCAUGGCUGCGGGAAAGGGAGCAGGGAAGUCCGCCUCUCUGUGGGACAAUAUGCGGAUACGGUUCAUGGUUUGCUUCCUCGGAGUCUUCGUCUGUUACUUUUACUACGGAAUACUACAAGAGACAAUCACUCGAGGUGACUAUGGUCAGGGAGACAAAAAGGAGAAGUUCAGAUUCGCCCGGACGUUGGUCUGCAUCCAGUGCAUCAUCAGUGCUUUGUUUGCUAAGAUCUUGAUUCAGUUUUUCGAGGGCUCCAAGCCGGAUCACACCAAGAACUGGCUCUAUGGCUUGUGCUCUCUUUCUUAUCUUGGGGCCAUGGUGUCCAGUAACUCUGCCCUUCAAUAUGUCAACUACCCCACACAGGUGUUGGGGAAAUCCUGCAAGCCCAUACCAGUGAUGAUCCUCGGUGUGACAAUACUGAGGAAGAGGUACCCACUGGCUAAGUACCUGUGUGUGCUGCUUAUUGUGGGUGGUGUGGCUUUGUUCCUCUACAAACCCAACAAGAGCUCAGCUGUUGCAGAUGACCAUAUUUUUGGCUUUGGAGAGAUCCUCUUGCUGGUCUCUUUGACAUUGGACGGCUUGACUGGGGUGGCCCAGGAUCACAUGAGGGCCCGCUUCCAGACGACUGCCAACCACAUGAUGCUAAACAUCAACUUGUGGUCCAUGCUGGUGCUUGGACUAACUGUUUUGAUGACAGGGGAGAUGUGGGACUUCCUUAGUUUUACUGAACGCUACCCGAGCAUCAUCUACAAUAUUCUUCUGUUUGGAGUGACCAGUGCUUUAGGCCAGACCUUCAUCUUUAUGACGGUGGUGAACUUUGGGCCUCUGACCUGCUCCAUCGUCACCACCACAAGGAAGUUCUUUACCAUCCUCGGCUCUGUACUUCUUUUUGGCAACGUCAUGAGUUCGAUGCAGUGGGUUGGCACCGUCCUGGUCUUCCUUGGUCUCGGACUGGAUGCUAAAUUUGGCAAGACCCCCAAGAAGACAACACAUUAAAAUAUCUGGAGCACAUGAGGCAAAGACAGAAACAUUGCACAUCAAAUGGAGACACUAUAUAGCCAGUACUUUAUUUUCGUAAGACAUCCUAUGCGGGCCUACUGUAGGUGCCUAUGAUUUAUUUAAGUACAAUUCAGAUCUUCUGUGUCUAAAAGAGAGUUCCUGUAGUUUUUAUCUCCAGUUUCUGCGUGCUCUCGAUAUAUUUAAAAAGACAUGUUUAUUUGGGAUCAAGAGCAAGGUCUGAAAGGACUAUGAUGAGCCAAUAGCAUCUUCUUUUUAUUUUCGACUGUAAGAAAUUACCCUCUUGUAGAGGAGUUUGGAUCGACUGAAAGACACAAGUGGAAAAUACUGUAUUUAGACAAAUUAUAAUUUUUCUGAAACCAGCUCCACCUCCCUUGGAUGGACAUUGAACCAACCAAGGCUGAAGACACACAUUUCCAGCUCUCUACUCAUGAACUUACCAUCCACUAAGUCUUGGUUUACAAGUUGUUGCUUGAAUAUCUGUAACUAUCACACAUGUAGAUUAUUUUCUUGGCAAACAAUUAGCUAAGUAUCGUGUCAUUUAUGAAAAUACAAACAGUUGUCUGUGAUGUCCAAUCUUACUGUUGAACUGUUUUUAUUUUUAUUUUCUACAAGUUGAAAAUAACUUGCCAUAAAAGGGAAAUUGUGAUAUG